AUGUGCUUCUUGAUGAACAUUUUAUGGCCAAAGUCUGAAGGCCUGGCUUACCUCCACGAGGACUGUGAUGUAAAAAUAGUUCACUGUGAUAUCAAACCUGAAAAUGUGCUUCUUGAUGAACAUUUUAUGGCCAAAGUUUCAGACUUUGGCCUGGCUAAGCUUAUGACUAGAGAGCAGAGCCAUGUUUUUACCACAUUAAGGGGCACCAGGGGUUACGUCGCACCAGAGUGGAUCACAAACUAUGCUAUAUCAGAGAAAAGCGAUGUUUACAGCUAUGGAAUGGUGUUGCUUGAAUUGAUCAGUGGCAGAAGAAACUAA